CGACAAGCGACGAUGGCGACGUCGUCGUCGGCAUGAAAGAGGAGAGAGUGCGCAUUGCGUGCGGUGUGCAAAGACCAGCAAGGAGCAAAGACUGCUAAGUAGCGAGCAGCAGGAGAGAAUAAAUAAGAUUACGAGCGUCCGUCGCGUCGCGUCGUGUCGCGUAGCGGUCACGUCGGUGUAUCGCUCUUGUGUAAACGACGAGGAGGGCGUGAUGCCGUGAUAACGGGCGGGCGGGCAUCGCUUGCGCAAUGACGUAUUCCCGCGCUCGGCCGCACGUCGUUCUACGCGGAGUCCGCUAAAGGGUAGAAGGUCCGUGCUUCGUUGUCGAGUGUGUGUGUCGAGCGGUCGGCGGGAGUUCCCGAGGUGCCGCAGUGCUGCGAUGCCGCUGCGUUUCAGCGGGCCGAGGGUCGUUAACGCGUUCUUCAUGAGGAUCGCGAUCGGUGGGCACGCAUUUUUACGCACGCCGUCGACCCGGUGAACAGAGAAUGGGCAAGCAAAACGAGUCGUGCUGGUGGUGCGUCAAGGCCGUCAAGUGGUUACCAGUGAUCUUCAUCUUGACGAUCGUCGCGUGGUCCUAUUAUGCCUACGUGGUGCAAUUGUGCCACUAUACAAUAGACAGUUAUGUUCAAAAAGCUUUCUAUCUGCUUUUCUUCCACAUCCUGCUUCUGAUGUUUUUAUGGUCCUAUUGGCAGACAGUGUAUACAAAUUUAAUACCAGUGCCAGAUAAGUUUAAAAUACCUGAUGUUGAAAUGGAGAAAUUACAACAGGCUGAAACUGAAGAAACGCAAAGACAAAUUUUGGAAAGAUUUGCACAAGAUCUUCCGGUUACUAAUCGCACCAUAAAAGGAGCUAUGCGGUUUUGUGAAAAAUGUCAGUUAAUAAAGCCUGAUAGGGCACACCAUUGUAGCGUUUGUGGCACUUGUGUCUUAAAAAUGGAUCAUCACUGUCCAUGGGUGAACAAUUGCGUAGGCUUCCACAAUUACAAAUUUUUCAUGCUGUUUCUGGCAUAUGGACUUCUCUAUUGUAUGUUUAUUACCGCCACAUCUUUGCAAUAUUUUAUACAAUUUUGGAAAGGUGAAUUGGACGGAAUGGGUAGAUUUCACUUGCUAUUCCUUUUUUUUGUUGCGUUGAUGUUUGCAAUCAGUCUUACUUCCCUCUUCUUCUACCAUUGUUAUCUCGUUGUGCAUAAUAGAUCAACAUUAGAGGCCUUUAGAGCACCUAUGUUUCGGACAGGAAAGGACAAAGAUGGAUUUAGUCUGGGAAAAUACAAUAAUUUUCAGGAAGUAUUUGGUGAUAAUCCGCGACUCUGGUGUCUACCAAUAUUUAGUAGUCUGGGAAAUGGUGUCGUCUACCCAGUAAGAUCGCAACACCAGGGCACACCCAAUACUUAUGACUCCAUGGGCAGUACUCAGAACAGCUUUGGAGACGGGGUAAACUUUCCCGAGCGGCUGUGCAAUGAAGAUACUCAUACUUUGUUGGGCCCUGGCACCCAACAGUGGGGUGAUGAAACCGAAUUUGAUUCUCCAUCUCCCUACAUAAAUCAGGUACUUUAUAGGCUCGAUCCUUAAAUCAAGACAAUAAUCUUGUUCAAAUUGAUAGCGUAUUAAAACGCCACUUUACAUAGCAAUCAUUCCUUACAAAUUAUACUUAUAUAAAUAUUUAUUAUUAUUUAACAGUUUACAUGUAGCUGUAUAUAAGAUUUAUUGCAAUUGAAGUAGAGUACAUUUCCCAUGAUUCAUGACUAAUUUUAAUGACAGAUCUUUUGACGAAUUUGGAACCGGUUUUUCUUAAACGAAUAUAUCGAGAAGUAAUUAUAGAAUUAGAAUGAUUAAGCUUGCAAAUUACAUUUCUUAUAUACAGAUAAAAUAAUGAAUUUUUUCCAGUUUAUUUGAAGUAAAUUGUUUACUCAAUUUUAAUUUGAAGCUUAAUUAUAAAAAUAUAUAUGGUAUUUAAAAUUGGAAAGUUAUUAUAAGUGAUAGACUCUCAAUAUUUUCUUCGAAGAAAAUUUGACUCCAAAUUGAUCAGAAAAUUAAAAUUAAAAUCAUGAAUUAUAGGAUGUUUUGUUUAUUUGGAGGACUUGGCAUAUGUUCUUCACAUGUAGUGAAUAAAUUGAUGUAUCUAGACGACAAUUUUAAUUAUUAUAAAAUAAAAUUUGUAUUGUAUAUUAUGAAUAAGUAUAUAUUAUUGUUAUGCACUAGUUUUCUGUUAAUCACAAACAAUGAUAUAUACAUUCCAAUAGUUAAUUCAAGUAUUCUUACUUUGUUGCUAAAAAAAGAAUAUUUGUAUUUAUGAGAAUAUAUAAUUGUCUAAAUCAUCUGUAAGAGCAUCUAGUUUCUUCAUAAAAAUAAAAUUUUAUUUAUAAUUAUUCUUUAUCUUAUUUCACAUUUACAGAAUGUUCCUAUCCUGCAUUUAUAGUGCCCAUUGAUGAAUAAAAAUGAAAUCUAUGUACAAUAUAAAUUAGUAUAUAAUAUUAAGAAAUAUACACAAAUAAAAUUUGCACAAUAUUAUUUACAGAAGUAUUCUGAUUGGACAUGAUUAUUUAAUGACAUCCAGUUUGUAAUCAUUUAUAAAUGCAUUUUUUAGAUUUUUUUACGUUUUAUAUAUUUUAUGAAGUUUUAUCAUGUUAAUAUUAAUAUACAAAUAGGAUUACAAAAUACAUCGUGCCAAAAAAUUACAGUAAGUUUCUGAUUUUAUUACUAAUAAGUACUAAAUAUUAUUCUUUUGCCGAGUGCUCCUGCUUUCACAACACAACUAAUUAUGAAAACAUUACUACCUUUUGCUUUUAUUUUCCCUUAUAAUUAUUUUAAACUAAAUUGAUAAAAUUAUUUAAGAUAGUACAUACUAACUUGUCACAUGAGACAAUUUUCGUUAUUAUUUAAAAAAAAUCUUUAAAAAAAAAUAUAUAUAUAUAUAUAACAAAUGUGUAUUUGCAUUAAAAUUUCUUUGACUUAAUUAAAAUAAAUUGACAUCACUUUUUUCAUAUUUUUUAUAGUAAUUUUGUACAAUACAUAUUUUCCAAAUUUGUUCAUUUCAAGUUAAUUCAACGUAUAAUUUGAAUUUCAUUUACAGUAUAUCUAUAAUUAUACAUAUCACGUAUAUGUAAAUAUAGCACAAUAUCUUUUUAUAAUAUAAUUCUACAGAAUUUUUGAUUGAUCACAGGUCCACCAUUGAUCAAAUGACAAUGAUACAAGAAGCUACAAUUUUGGCUCUUGGCACUGGGUAAUAUUGUCUGUAUAGCCUUUUGAUUAAAUAUUAUAACUAAACUUUCACGCUUGCAUGAACUCAUUUAUAAAGUUCUAUCAAAGUUUGGGCGUUUUUCUUUUUUUUUAUUUUGUAUUAUCUUGAAUCUCUAUUUUUAAUAUAUAUUUAACAUAUUUUUAUCUGAAUGUGACGAAUGCAAAUGAAUGGUGCUUACAUUUUUAUUUAUAUUAACAAUAUUUGUGGAAAAGCUACAUGAAGCAUUUGGUUUUUGUUUUUCUAUGCAGUAUGUGACUGAUGGCUUUUGUGUAUCUUAUUUCUGUCAUAGAUAAGAUCUUCAUGUUUCGCUCUCAUAAAAAUUCUCGGAGUAAUUCUUUUAAUACAAUAUAUUAAAAAUAUUUUUUAGCACUGCUGUGAUAGGUCCUUCUGUUGAUGUCGACCAACCACUGAUGGACAUCACAGAAUCUGUCUGAAUAACACCAACAAAUCUGUACGCCGUCAUUAAUUGCAGCUUUACUUUAUACUGUAGUAUCACGACGGUAAUCCAGAAUAUCAAUUUACAUUUCGUUUUCUUAUGUUUUAAUUCUCGUUGUGAGUUUAAGAUUUAAGAUACUCUUCUUGUGAAGGAGAUUCACACUGAAUUGUUAUUGCAGCCAACACAAGUAUUUUUAACAUUGCGGUUUGUACCGCACAAAGAUAAUUUAGCCCGUAUUCAGACCGCAUUCAUAAAGAUGUUAGCACGGUUUUUCGUGAUUCUGUUUUUAUCGUUCAUUAAACUUAAAGUAAAGAAUGACAAAAAAAAUGCGCCAACAUUUUUGAAAACAUGUUCUGAAUAUGGGUCUUUGAAUAUUAACUGUAUUAUAUAUAUUGUAAUAUAUAUUUGGAUUCGUUGUUAAAAAUAUUGUUACAAUUACUUGUAAUUUUAACUAUAAUGUUUCACAUAUAAUUAAAUUACUCUGUAGCGUAAUGUACAAUAUUGAUGUUACUAUAAAUUUGUAAUUGUGAUCGAGUGUGUAGAUUACAAAUUGUACCAUAAAAUGAUGAAAA